AUGUUCAUUCAUCUGGACGUUUAUUAUUAUACUUUUAUCCUGAUGUUUCACAUGAAAUCUUGCUGCAGCUGGUCAGUGAAUAAUUUUCUGAUGACUGGUCCAAAGGCUUACCUGAUCUAUUCCAGCAGUGUGGCUGCAGGUGCUCAGAGUGGGAUUGAGGAAUGCAAGUAUCAGUUUGCCUGGGAGCGCUGGAACUGUCCAGAACGAGCCCUCCAACUUUCCACCCACAGCAGCCUCAGAAGUGCAACACGGGAGACAGCAUUUGUUCAUGCAAUUAGUUCUGCUGGGGUUAUGUAUACUCUUACAAGGAACUGCAGUCUGGGGGACUUUGAUAAUUGUGGCUGUGAUGAUACCAGGAAUGGUCAACGAGGAGGUCAGGGCUGGCUAUGGGGAGGCUGCAGUGAUAAUGUGGGCUUUGGUGAGGUCAUCUCCAAACAGUUUGUGGACGCAUUAGAAACUGGGCAAGAUGCACGCGCUGCCAUGAACCUGCACAACAAUGAAGCCGGACGCAAGGCUGUAAAAGGAACUAUGCAGAGGACAUGUAAAUGCCAUGGUGUAUCGGGCAGCUGCACCACUCAGACAUGCUGGCUGCAGUUGCCCGAGUUUCGCGAAGUGGGCAACUACCUAAAAGAGAAGUACCAACGAGCCAUCAAGGUGGACCUCCUGCGUGGAGCGGGCAACAGUGCGGCCAGCCGUGGCGCCAUUGCAGAGACUUUCAGCUCCAUAUCUCGGAAGGAGUUGGUGCAUCUGGAGGAUUCACCUGACUACUGUGUUGAAAACCGUACGCUAGGUUUGCCAGGCACAGAAGGUCGCGAAUGCUUAAAGAAGGGCAAAAAUCUGAAUAAGUGGGAGAAACGUAGCUGCAAAAGGCUGUGCAGUGAUUGUGGCCUGGCUGUGGAGGAACGCAGGGCAGAAAAUAUAUCCAGCUGCAACUGCAAGUUUCACUGGUGCUGUGCGGUAAAAUGUGAGCAGUGUCGAAAGACCGUCACCAAGUAUUACUGUGUGAGAGCCAAGCAGAUUAAGAACGACAGUGCAAGUCGGAGGAAAAACCUACGCUUAAGGAAGAAGCACUAA